ACAAGAAGCUAACACCUACAGGGAGGAACUGGAUGGGAAAGGCAAUGCUGGCAGCUGUGUUUGCCAAUUCCAAUUCCAGCAACAUGAAUGAGUCCCUGGCUCUCCUCCACUUUGCAGGAGGCUACCUGCCGUCUGAUUCCAAGGACUGGAGGACCAUCAUUCCGUCUCUCUUGAUGGCUGUGUCCCUGGUGGGCCUCGUGGGAAACCUAUGUGUGAUUGGCAUUCUCCUUCAUGGUGUUUGGAAAAGAAAGCCAACCACGAUUCACUCCCUGAUUCUGAAUCUCAGCCUGGCUGACAUCUCUCUCCUGAUCUUUUCUGCACCUGUCCGAGCUACAGCGUACUCCAGAGGUGUCUGGGAUCUAGGCUGGUUUGUCUGCAAGUCCUCUGACUGGUUCAUCCACGUGUGCAUGGCAGUCAAGAGCUUGACAUUUGUUGUAGGAGCCAAAGUAUGCUUCAUGUAUGCAAGGGACCCAGCCAAGCAAGUGAGGAUCCACAGCUGCACCAUCUGGUCAGUGCUGGUGGCCAUCUGGGUUGUAGCCGGCCUAGUUCCCCUGCCAGAAUGGUUCUUUAGCACCACCAGACAUCACGCAGGUGUGGAAAUGUGCGUCAUGGAUGUGCCAGCUGAGGCCGAAGAAUUCAUGUCAAUGUUCGGUAAGCUCUACCCUCUGCUGGUGUUUUGCCUCCCUUUACUUCUGGCUGGCUUUUAUUUCUGGCGAGCUUAUGACCAAUGUAAAAAACGAUGUAUGAAAACCCAAAAUCUGAGAAGCCAGAUGCGUUCGAGGCAACUCACAGUGAUGCUGCUGGGCACUGCCAUUACCUCUGCUCUUCUGUGGCUCCCCGAAUGGAUUGCCUGGCUGUGGGUAUGGCAUCUGAAGGCUGGAGGUCCAACGCCACCACAGGGUUUUAUAGCCCUGUCUCAGGUUCUCAUGUUUUCCAUCUCCACAGCAAACCCUCUCAUUUUUCUAGUGAUGUCUGACGAGUUCAAGGCAGGCUUGAAAGGCAUAUGGAAAUGGAUGAUAACCAGAAAGCCUGCAGUUCCUUCAGAGGCUCAGGAGGCACCAGCUGGAAACACAGAGGCCCUUCCUGGUAAGGCUCCAUCUCCAGAGACCCAAACAUGCAUUCCAGACACAGGCAGACGUGGCUCGCCUGACUCCAGCAAAGAGAAAACGGAUAAGGUGGUGGUUCCCACCCUCCCUGAUGUGGAACAGUUUUGGCAUGAGAGGGAUGCUGUCCCUUUGGCACAAGACAAUGAUCCUGUACCCUGGGAACACGAGGGCCAAGAGACAGAGGGCUGCAACUAACAGACUUAAGUUUCAAAGAAAAGCAAGUUGUCAUUAUUGUGUUUACUUGUACCACUGCUUAGCAGUAUUGGUGAAGUAAACUGCCAUUAGAAAUUGCUACGGUUUCUGUUUUCAAACUAUAGACUCUGGUAAGUAGAAUGGCAUGUAGUAAUUAUGCUUCAGAAUUAAUCUCUACCUAAAGAAACUAAUUGAAGUGCUAAGUAAAGAAAACAAUUUCAAAGUGAUAGGGCUCACAGUGACUUUCCCCCAGGGUAUCCCUUAAAUCUAGCCCUGAACCUCAUUGGCUGGAGUGGUUGGUUUAUCAGACUGAGCCCAUGUACUGUCUCUUCCUGAAACUGCUUGCCCUCAAGGUACCAGCAAGUUAUAUUUCAACAGCUCAAAAUCUAAAACUGUAAAUUUCACUUGUAAAUUCUCUUCACUUGCUCAAUAAAUGUUAAUUUACUUGACAAAAAGUUCAUGUAAUUUUCCUGAGUAAAAUUUACAAAACAAUGACUACUUUCUUCUAUUCUGCACUACUUCCAAAGCCUAUGGGGCCCAAGUUUGAGUAAAUUCAAGUCUUACCUAACAGUAUAAAAGCUGUUCCAAUCUUUAAAUAAUCCACCUGAGUGGGUUUUUACUCACCGUCUGAGAACAUUAAUAACGUAACAUGACAUUAUAUAUUGUAAUGAAGAACUGUCAAACAUCCCUUGUCUUCCAAAAUAACAGUAUUUUUCUACAAGCUGAAAUGUAUUCUCCUUGAUCUCCAUUCUCUCAAGACAGACUGUAAGCGGAAGCUCACGAUACAGCUAUUAACUAUUGAUUAAAGGCAAGCAUAAAGGAGAAUGCUGGGGGCUUUUUUUGUGUCAUCAAACUUGAACCCUCAACUUUAAAAUAUUACUAGUAUAACAUAAUCAAGCAUAACAAAGAGUGGAAAAGCACACACACAACAAAGAGAAAAGCCAGCAGACAGCUAACACGGGAUUUAGGUAAGAACAGAAGAAUCACAAGGACAAUGCAGAGCAAACAGCAAUAAAUAAAAGCAUUUUGAGUUCCUAGAUGUGGAAAAUUUGAUAGAAUGCAGCACACCCA